AUGACUACCUUAACGGAGAACGAAGUUUUGCGGUACCUCAAAGACAAUUUCUCGAAAUUUGCCAGCAGUGACCACGAUGCGAGAGGCGUCGACCGGCAACUGGCCGUGUACACCGCAUCCCUCGCUAGGCAAAUAGAGGCUUCGCCAUUUCCCGCGACCGAACAUGUGAUCCCACCUCAGAUGACUGUCUUACGCCGUCGCUAUCUCGAGGCUGUUCGUAACAACGCCAUUGCUAAACAGGAAUUCGCCGCAGGUAUUCGACGCGUUCAAGUCGCAGGGCCACGCCCAGAUCUCUUGCCCAGUAGAAAGGACUCGACCCCUAGACUAACGUCGCACCUGGGACUCCUGUACCAGCAGAGACUUUACGACAAGCUGAGCACAGUCGAGCGCUAUUUAAACGAGCUAGAUGGCUUAGCUGCCGGUGUGCAAUUGAAGGGAGGCGGAUCCUUCUCGAACGAACACCAUUCACACACCGCGGCCACAAUGAUUCGUCUCGCGAGCUUUCAUGAUGAUGCUACCCAGAUCCGCGACUUGAUCACAAAGCUGGAGCUCGCAGUCGUGAAAGCAGAAUAUGAAUGCAAGCAGGAAAAGACUGCGCUGCAAGCUGCUCACGGGCAAGUGCAGACAAUCAAAGGCCUGAACCCUAAUGCCGAAUUCCAAGCAUUGAGUGCCGUCCGCGAUGAACUUACCGCAUGGCUAGAGCAAAGCCUCACGCUCUGUGCUUCUGCCGAAGAUGCCGACGACGAUGUGAACGAAGGCGAACCUGGGCAGAUCAUAACGGCCGAACAGGUCGAAGAGCAGUACGAACAAUAUCUCAAGGCACGACAGAGGGUACUGACUGCCGCCGAUCGUCUGUCGAAGGUCUCACCGAGAGAUGAACCCAAGAUCAUGCAAGUUCCGCGGCCUGAGUUGAAGCCUGCAAUCCGCCAUCUUACAGAUCAUGUGUUGCCGACAGAAGCAUCAUACCAAAAACGGCAGCUUGAGAACAGCAUCAAACAGAUCCACACGUAUGCGGUGACCGAGAUCGAGAGCGAGAGUCAGGACGCGCAAGAGAGUCUCGUUCGCUUAGCUGACGAGAGCCAAUUGCUGCCAAAAUACCCGAGGCUGUCCAAGUCUGAAAGGUUCGGAAAGGUGACCAACAGUCUUGGAGCAAGGCAAAUCCCGACGAAUGACGAUAGAGUCACGGAGCAAGUUGAAGCAUGGUCAUUUGCAGCUGCUGCCGCUGACAACAGUCUGGAAGCUAUUAUCCAAGGCCAUGUCAAGAACGCUACUAAGGCGUUGGACGGGGUGGACGAGACGCUACGAGACCUGACGUUCUUGAGUGGACAAAAGGUCUGA